AUGACUGCAUUACAAAUUGCUGCUCAGAUGGGUCGUCUUGAUGUCACCGUAUAUCUAAUCAUUCAAGGAGCUGAGGUGAAUAAGGGAGAUAAUGAGGGUUGUACUGCAUUACACGGUGCUGCUGCCAAUGGUCACCAUGAUGUCACCAAAUAUCUGAUCAGACAAGGAGCCGGAGUGAAUAAGGCAAAUAAUGAGGCUGAGGUGAAUGAGGGAGAUACUGAGGGUAGGACUGCAUUACACAAUGCUGCUUUCGAAGGUCACCUUGAUGUCACCAAAUGUCUCAUCAUUCAAGGAGCUGAUGUGAAUGAGAGAGAUAAUGACGGUGUGGCUGCCUUACACAAGGCCGCUCAGGAGGGUCACCUUGAAGUCACCAAAUAUCUGAUCAGUCAAGGAGCUGAUGUGAAUGAGAGAGAUAAUGAAGGUCUCGCUGCCUUACGCAGGGCCGCUCAGGAGGGUCGCCUUGAAGUUACAAAAUAUCUCAUCAGUCAAGGAGCUGAUGUGAAUGGGGUAGAUAAUGAUGGUUUGGCUGCCUUACUCAGUGCUGCUUCCGAAGGUCACCUGGAAGUCACCAAAUAUCUUGUCAGUCAAGGAGCCGAGGUGAAUAAGGGAGAUAAUAAGGGUAGGACUGCAUUACAAUUCGCUGCUAUAAAUGGUCACCUUGAUGUCACUAAAUAUCUGAUCAGUCAAGGAGCCGAGGUAAAUAAGGAAAGUAAUAAGGGUAGGACUGCAUUACACAAUGCUGCUUUCGAAGGUCACCUUGAUGUCACCAAAUGUCUGAUCAGUCAAGGAGCUGAGGUUAAUAAGGGAACUAAUGAGGGUGUCACUGCAUUAUACCUUGCUGCUCAGGAGGGUCAGCUUGAUGUCACCAAAUAUCUUAUCAGUCAAGGAGCUGAGGUGAAUAGAGGAAAUAAUAAGUGUUGGACUGUAUUACACAGUGCUGCUCAAGAGGGUCAUCUUGAUGUCGCCGAAUAUCUCAUCAGUCAAGGUGCUGAGGUGAAUAAGGGAGAUAAUGACGUUACUGCACUACACAGUGCUGUCCAGGAGGGUUAUCUUGGUGUCACAAAGUAUUUGCUAGCUCAAGGAAUAAGUGUGAACAUGGGCAACAGAAAUGGCUACACCCCCUUGCACGUUGCUGUUAUGAAAGGUGACUUUGAUAUUGUUAAGGUCCUGCUUGAGGAAGGAGCCCUAGUUGAUGUAAAGGAUGCCAAUGGACAGACCCCACUGCAUCUAUCUUCAAAGAAAGGAAGUACCAACUGUUCAGCCAUCUUAGCAAUGCAUGCAAAGAUCUCUGGGAUUCUCGAUCAACGUGAUGAUGAAGGAUUGACUGCCAUUCACCUCGCCACUCAAAAUGGCCACACACCGGUUGUCGAGUCGCUGGUUUCCCAUGGAGCUUCCUUAAACAUCCAGUCGCACAAUGGAAAGACCUGUCUUCAUGAAGCCAUCAUACUUUCAGAUCACAAGGGCAGAAAAGAGCAAUUAAAAGGGAGAUCCAAACAGAUCUCAGAAGACUCCUAUCAUCACGAGCUUUCCCCAGAGAAGGCUUUAGAACUAGUCUUAUACCUUCUGGAGCAUGACGCGAAACUGGACGUAAGGGAUGGUGAAGGCAAACUACCAGUUCACUAUGCUACCGAUGAAGUUAUCCGACAGGAGAUAUUUUCAAGGUUACCGUCAAUAGAGAUGAUCACAAGAUAUCGAGCUGAAGAAGCCAUACCCUUGGUUACGGUGUUUGCUCAUGUCGGUAAUGGAGGAAAGCAGAUAGAACUGGCGGACCUUGGUAUAUCCAUGUCUAUCCCACCAGGGGCUGUACAAGAGAGUGGCUCCUGCGAGAUAACAUUAACCAGUAUACAAGAUCCUCCAAGUAUAGACAGUCAGGGAGAUGAAUCAUUGGCCUGUCUUGGGAUCAGAUGUGAGCCUCCAAACAUGAUCUUUCACCAGCCUGUUAAGAUCAAGAUACCUCACUCAGCCUUCAUCGUCAACCCAGAUCGAGUGAAGCCUGAUAUCGUUUGCCGUUCAUGGGAUUCAGUGAAGGAUCUACCAAGAAUAUCGAGAAAUAGAUCAUCCAGCUCACCAGACGAACCACCAUACUGCAGAGUGUACAAGAGACAUCUUGAGCUGUACAUCGGUCACUGUGCUGAGUGGUGGGUUCUUAUUUCUCUUGAACAGCAGGUGAUCCGACACCAACUUAUGUGCACUCCAUACAUCCCGGAAACCGUAGAAAGAGGCAAAGAGAUAGAAGUUCAUCUUCAUGUGCAUGCCGAUGUUCCUGGCAUGGAUACAGAAGUUCUACACGAGGAGAAGCAUCAGUCGUACCGCAAGGCCCAUCGUUCGGUCCCAUUUAGCAUCACAUCUCAUUCAGGUGACGUUACAGUGGCACAUGAUUGUGAGGGGAAGAUGGCAGAAACUAAGCUGCUCUCUCUACAGCAAAUUCAAAACCGAAUGAGUCAUAAUGUGCUCUUGAAAGUGCCCCCGAUGGAGAACGAUACCGGUACUCCAUUUAACGUGAUAACCAUCACAGUUACACAGUCUGGGAAGCUAGGGGUGUCUCGAUCAAUGGCAUUCGUCAUUAGAUACGAAGAUGAAAUCAAGGGUCCUGAAUUUACUCAAGUUAUCCGAGAAAUCGAAGGAACCUUUCGAAAUGAUCUCCCUGAUGUAGAUAUCCAGAACAUUGCUGAAAAGCUUUCGAUAGACGACUUUUAUGACCUGGGAGUUGCACUUGGUUUCCAAAUACAACAACUGGAUGCAAUAGAGUAUAAGAGGCUCAAAGACCGACAAGAGGCCAUCCACGAAAUUUUGAUAACAUGGAAACAAAGCCAACUACCAAAUCAAAACGUGAAGGAAGUGCUUCUUUCACUCCUGAAGUCUGCAGAAACAGAGGCAGAAAAGACGAAAAUGACAGACAUUGCUUCAACCAGUGACAUUUCUGACCAAGACUUGCUCAAAUUGGCAAGAACUAUUAAGUGGACGGACUUCACAGAGAUUGGCACAAAGCUUGGAAUCAGUCAGAAUAAGCUUCAGAACAUCAAACACAGGACAUUGCAGAAUCGCAAAGACGCUAACAUCCAAAUGCUCUGCAUGUGGAAGGCAUCUCAAAGAUCGGGUGCUAAAGCGACUAAGACGUUGAAGUGCAUUUGGGAAUCUGUCUUCUUGGCAUCGGCUGAGAAUACAGGCAACUGUUCUUCAUUGUUAAUAAAAAAAAAGCUCUAUGACUUAUAUAUAUUAUUUGAUUGGUUAUUCUUAUCAAAUGUAGAAACAAACAUAAAUCUUAACUGAACUUUGUCUUCAAUGUAAUCAUACGAUUGAAAUGUUUAGUGGUAAUAAC